AUGGCAGAUGACAAGAAGGGCCAGAUGGGGAACGUGGAUGAUAUCCAGGCAAAGCUGGACAAGCGGCUAGGUCCCGAGUACAUCUCUAAGCGCGUAGGUCACGGGACGACUCGUGUUGCAUACAUCGAGGGCUGGAAGGCUAUCAACCUCGCAAACCAGAUAUUCGGGUUCAACGGAUGGUCCAGCGAGGUCAAGAGUGUCACGGUGGACUUUAUGGACGAACGGCAGGGGCGCUUCACGAUUGGAUGCACGGCCGUGGUGCGCGUGACACUGUCGGACGGGACGUUCCGCGAAGACAUAGGUUAUGGCACGGUGGAAAACGACCGCCGAAAGUCCGGGGCGUUCGAGCGUGCCAAGAAGUCUGCCGUGACAGACGCGUUGAAGCGGAGUUUGCGUGGCUUCGGCAACGCGUUGGGCAACUGCCUAUACGAUAAGGACUUCCUUUCCAAGAUAGACAAAGUCAAGUUCGAACCGCCAGACUUUGACGAGGGCAACCUGUUCCGCGCUACGGACGAAAACAACGAGCUGUCGCGGGCGAAUACGGUGACGGACCACUCAGAGGGCCCGGCGCCAAAAAAGCGCAACGCCCCGCUGCCGCCCGCCCCGCGCCCUGGCGCCAUGCGUCCAGAGGCCGCGCACGCCGCGCCCGCGCCCUCGGAGCCCCCACUAGAGCGUCCGCGCAGCAGUGAGAACGACCAGGAGGAUCUGCUCGAUGAUUCCUUCAUGUUUAGCGACGAGCUCCAGGACGAUGAUCUGAUCAACAUCGGCUCCGCCAAAAAGGCGCCCUCGGGGGUGCCGCGCCCUGCCCCGCCGCCUCCACCGCGGGCCUGGCCCCCCCAGGACGCCCCGGUCGCCUUUGUCACCGCCAAAGCCGCCCCGGAUCUCCAGGCACAUGGGCCUGUUCCCCCUACCCAUCUCUUCGACCCAAAGUUCCAGGCUCAAUCCAUACGCCAUACCGUGGACCAGACCACCUCCGCUCACGUCAAGCUCAGCGUCCUGCGUGAGAAGGGCAUCGACCAGGCCCGCGACGACAUCUACUCCAAGUUUGCCCCGAAAGGUAAGAUCCUGCCUCCCCCAGAUACCGCUACCGACCCUGAUCCCACAUUGGCUGCACGGCCUGCUCUUUCAGCCCCACAGAAUCUUCCUACUAACACUUCUAGCAUACAAAGGCCUACGAUGAUCGAACUACCGAAACUUCACUUCCCGCAGCCUACGGCAGUACCUCUCCCGAAUGUUCCAGCUUCGCGACGUGAGGUCGGCCGUCCUAAGCAGUCACCCCCUAGUCUACGCAAGCCACCGCCUCAGUAG